GGCGAUGUAAUUGAUCAGAUUAAAUCAUAUCCAAGAUUAAUCUGUUGAUAAACACUUGAUUGUAUUAAUUUUGCAAAAAAACUCAUUGAAAAUGAGAUUCUUUAUGUUGACCACUCUUUUGCUCGUUGCCGCAAUCAAUGUAACCAUUGCAUGUGAAUGUGGUAUGGAAGGUUCCUCCGGUCGAAUCUACAAAGGAACAAAGGUUCGAGCCAAUAAAUAUCCUUGGUUAGCUCAUAUUAGGAGCUUCGCUGAUCGAGACGAUAACUCCUUUGGUCAAUGUGGAGGUUCAUUGAUUGAUGAAACCCACGUCGCUACCGCUGCUCACUGUGUUGUCACUAAGGAUGGACAACGUUACAAACCAGAAAACAUCGAUGUCUUCCUUGGACGAGUUAAAGCUUUCAGUGACUUCUCCUACCCACAUAAAGUUUCAAAAGUUUGGUUUGAUCCUAAGUACGAUUCAAGUAACUUAUCCAAUGAUUUCGCCAUUUUGACCCUUUCCAAGCCAGUUAAAUUUACCCAAACAAUCGCACCAGUUUGUUUACCAAACAAUGAAAGCGAUUUGACUAAACUCACCGUCUCUGGUUGGGGACUCACAUCAGCUAAUGCUAAGUCCAGUGAUGAUCUUUUGGAAGUUGAAGUUGACUUCAUGGACAAGGAAGAAUGCAAUGAUGCCAAGAAAACCAUUAUUAUGAAGCAAAAUGAUAUCCCCAUUGAAUUGGCGCCCUUAAUCCGCACUGAACCUGUUGCUGAAUCUCACAUGUGCGCCAUCAACAAGAAGACUCGAGGUGACGCUUGUUCAGGUGAUUCAGGUGGACCAAUUAUGCAUCAUGGAGACAAUGGACGAUGGUAUCUGAUGGGAGUUGUUUCAGGUUCAUGGACUGAAUGUGGACAAGACAAGGAUACCUCUGGUCUUUACACUCGAACCCUUUACUACAAGGAUGUUAUCAAAUCAAUCGCUCCAAACGCUUGUUGGCAAGACUUGUAAUGAUGAACAUUUAUCAAUUGUUCAAUUAUUCAAUCCUUCAAAAUAAAGAUAAUUAAAAUUAAUUAAUUUAAA